CUCCCCUCCAGCUUCCCACGGCUCCGCUGCCGGCUCCGCAAAGGGAACCGCCGCCGCCGCCGCCGAGUAGUUUUCCGCGCUCCUCCUUCUCCUCCUCCUUCUCCUCCUCCUCAGGGCUCCAGUCAGGCCGAUCUGCUCCGCUCACGGAAGGAAAACUGAGCUGUAGCUGCAUGUGCUGCAGAGUCACAUGGUGACAAUUUACAGAACGUCAGUGCUGCUUCUUGAUGGGUGACAACCCUUUUCAACCAAAAAAAUCAGAUAAUUCAAAAAUGGCAGAACUCUUUAUGGAAUGUGAAGAAGAAGAGCUGGAACCAUGGCAGAAGAAAGUAAAAGAAGUUGAGGAUGAUGAUGAUGAUGAGCCAAUCUUUGUUGGAGAGAUAACAAGUUCAAAACCAGCAAUUUCAAAUAUUUUGAACAGAGUCAACCCCAGCUCAUAUUCAAGGGGGAUAAAGAAUGGUGCACUCAGUCGAGGUGUUAGUGCUGCAUUCAAGCCUACAAGUCAACACUACACGAACCCAACGUCAAAUCCAGUGACUGCCUUGCCAGCAAAUUUUCAUCCUGAAUCUAGAUCUCCAGAUAGCUCUGUUAUUGUUCCGCCUUUUUCUAAACCUGGUUACAUAACAAACUCUUCACGAGUUGUAUCAAAUAAUUCUUCAGAGUUACUGUUUGACUUGACUCAGGACACAGCAUUAUCACAUUACCAAGGAAGACCAGCACUUUCUGUAUCAGGUAUGAAUGAAAGUUUGUUUUUAUCAAAACGUCCUUCUGCUUCUGAAGUAAACAGUGUUAAUCCAAAAAAGCCUAAGCCCAGUGAAAAUGUUUCUGGAACAAAUUCCUCGGCUGUAUUCCCAUUAGUUAAAUCUCCUUCACUGACAUCUCCCCAGGCUAUGCCAUCAAAAGGUGCAAAUACCUCAUCUAAAGAUGGAAUAACUUUUCCAAGGGCUUGUCCAAAGUGCAAUAUUCAUUUCAAUCUUUUGGAUCCUCUGAAAAAUCACAUGAAGUAUUGUUGUCCGGACAUGAUAAAUGAGUUUUUGGGAUUCGGUAAAACAGAAAUUUCAAAUGCAACUCAAGUGGUUGACUCAGAGAAAGGAAAAUUGAUUAUGUUAGUAAAUGACUUUUAUUAUGGAAAACAUGAAGGAGAUGUCCAGGAAGAACAGAAGACUCAUACAACCUUUAAAUGCUUCAGUUGCUUGAAAAUUCUGAAAAAUAACAUUAGGUUUAUGAACCACAUGAAACACCAUUUGGAACUUGAGAAGCAGAGCAGUGAGAGCUGGGAAAACCACACCACCUGCCAGCACUGCUACCGCCAGUUUCCCACUCCCUUCCAGCUGCAGUGCCACAUUGAGAGCACACACACUCCUCAUGAGUUUUCUACCAUUUGUAAAAUCUGUGAAUUAUCAUUUGAAACAGAACAUAUUCUUUUACAACAUAUGAAGGACAAUCAUAAACCCGGUGAAAUGCCAUAUGUCUGCCAGGUUUGCAAUUACAGAUCAUCAUCAUUUUCUGAUGUAGAAACUCAUUUUAAAACAUCCCAUGAGAACACUAAGAAUUUGCUUUGUCCAUUUUGUCUCAAAGUUAUUAAGAUUGCAACACCCUACAUGCAUCAUUAUAUGAAGCAUCAGAAAAAAGGUAUACAUCGUUGUACAAAAUGCAGACUGCAGUUUUUGACAUGCAAGGAGAAAAUGGAUCACAAGACUCAGCAUCAUCGAACAUUUAUAAAACCUAAACAAUUAGAAGGAUUGCCUCCUGGAACAAAAGUUACUAUUCGAGCUUCAGUUGCGCCUCUUCAGUCACCAUCUUCAGCUAUACCUUCCAUUAGCACAAGCACUUCCGUCCCUCAGCUCUCACCUCCAAGGACUGAAAAUAUAACUACUAAAAAUCCUACAAAAUUGAAUACAAGUAAACCUAAUACAACCAAAUCUGAUGCAAGUAAACCUAAUGAGAAUAAGCCUACUGGAAAUAAAUCUAAAUGCAAAUCAAAAAUCUCUAAUAUGCAAAAGAAAGACAGCACAUUGACUAAUAGCAAUAAAAAAAGUAAAAUCAACACAGCAUUGAGGAACUUAAGGUACCGCCGGGGCGUUCACAAGUGCAUUGAGUGUUGUUCCGAAAUAAAAGAUUUUGCAAACCAUUUUCCUACAUAUGUGCGCUGUAGUUUUUGCAGAUAUAACACUAGCUGUAGCAAAGGCUAUGUAAAUCAUAUGAUGAGCUUUCAUAGUAACCGUCCAAGUAAAAGGUUUUGUUUAUUUAAGAAGCAUUCAGAAAAUCUCAGGGGCAUUACUCUAGUGUGCCUUAAUUGUGAUUUCCUAACUGAUGUUUCUGGCUUAGAUAAUAUGGCUACACACUUAAGUCUACAUGAAACCCAUGCUUGCCAAGUUAUAAUGGAGAAAGGUAUGUAUAUAUGGCUGUGCUAUUUUGGAUUUUUUGAUCCCUUAUUUUUUGGUCAGCCACAAUAUGGGCUCUUUACUAAAUCAUUUUCUCACUCAUCAUGGUUCAUAUACUCUUGUAAAUGUAAAACUUUUCUUCUAAUUUCAGUUUCUGUUUGUAUCCCAACUUCUGAACAUCUUUCUGAAUUAAAAAAUGAAUCUACCACUAAGGAACAAGAACCCGUGUGUAAGGAAAUUGCAAGACAUAAUAUGACUGAAGGAGAAACAAAAACACCAAGUUCUGAAAGUAAACAAAACGAAGCUUCUUCAGAAGAAAAAAAUGGAUGUGAUGCAAAUUUAUUUGAAGGUUCAUCAGCAACAAAAAGUAAAGAAAACAUAACAAUUUCACAUAAUGAAAAUGACACCUGUCCUGCAGACCAGGAAACUAGCUCAAAGAAAAUCUUCAGUGAUGAUUCAAGUAUUGGUACAGAUAAAAUGGAAAAGGAAAAACAAAUAAAGCACAUUUGUCAAGCAAUGGAAUUGAAGGGCCAAAGUUCAGCAGGUAUAAUUUUGGGUGAUCAGAUUAAAGAUCACAACUCCAGUGAAACUAGGUUUUCUUUGAAGAAUAAUAAUGAUUUGCUAUUGACAUCAGAUAAGGUUAGCGUUGAUCAAUUUUUGAGGAAAAGAGAGCCUGAAUCUCUUAGUUCCGAUGUUAGUGAGCAAGACAGAAUUCUUUUGGAGCCUUUGACACCAUCAGAAGUACUUGAGUAUGAAGCCACAGAGAUUCUUCAGAAAGGAAGUGGUGAUCCUUCAGCCAAGACUGAUGACGAAGUGUCUGAUCAAACAGAUGCCAUUGCUGGAGAAAUCAGUCCUCACACAAUAGAGACAACAGUAGAGCUGGCAGAUAAAGAAGUUGAAAUUAUUUCGUCAUCCUAAGCUUUAGUAUACCAACACAAAGAGCAUUUGGAUCAGUGUUGUCCAGUGAGCUCAGUAGUAAUGGGGUAGAGUUCAGCAACAGAAAAAUGUGAGGGAGGUCACUAUACUUUACCCGUGUACUCAGGCUGUUACUAAACAAACCAGUUCAGUAUGACUAGUAUGGAUUUCUAAGUGUUCCACAACAUGAACAGAAUUUUAAUGAAGGCAGUUUGCCAACAAAAGGUUUUCAUUUUGAAGAAAUGGGACUUGGUUGCUGAUAGGAGUUGAUUUUAAGAAUAUUAGUUACACUGAUAAAAGUUUUCCAACUUUCCUCAGUUCUAAGCUUAAAAUCCUUAUUACUUAUAUAUUCUUUUCAGUUAACUUACAGGAAGAGAUGUAGAAACCGUGAACCUUCUGGGAAUAAUUGCUUUAAAAUAAUGGCUGAUUCAUAUCGUUACCAAAUGAAGGCUUUGAGUAUGAUGCUGGUAAACCGAGCAUGCUCAGGAUGCUAAAUUGAUCUGAUGAGAACUUGGGUGACCAUAAAGUUAAUUUUGACUUUAAUGCAACAUUCCAGUCUAUCAGAAGCAUGUAAGCUGAAUAUUUGAAUCUGUGUACCUCCAUACAGGUGUUAGCCUGCCAGGGUGUAAGCUUACCUUGAAUUAAACUUUCAGUGAAAGUGGCUAAGUAAAAUUAAAUUUAUAUUUGUGCUUUUGGUCAGUAUAUAAACUGUGCAGAAAUCCCUUGAUGUACUAGUUAUAUAAAGUAGAAACCCAUUGUUGAAAUUGCAGUAGCUACUAUGCUUUUAAUAUUGUUUUAACAAUCUUAGGAAUAGGCCCAUAAAAAUGGUUUGGAAUCCAAACCAAAACAUGGUAGAAUGUAGAUAUUGUAAAGUAGUAAACUGAAAACAUGUCCUGGCAUGUAUUCAGCUAUGUUUAAAUGACUUGACUUUAAUUAUAAAAUAGAAAACUUCAAAUAGAACCUAAAGCAGUCAUGUAAAAAACUUAGUUUGGGGAAUUUAGCCUAAUAUAUCCGUAAGUUCACUGCUAAAUUGAUUUUUUCAUUCUUUAUCAUCUAGAAGAUAAUAGAUAUAGAAAUAAUAUGAAGAACAGUAGUUUGCUUUGAAGUACUAGUGAACUUUUAUU